AUGGCCAUCACACUGGGCCCGGGUGAGCCCGUCAUCCGCAGUGGGGAGGGCACCCCUGACAUAUGGCCUGAUAUAGAGGAUGCUGGUGAGGAGGGUGGCUCAGAGAUAGUGUCAGGAGCCCGCCUGUGUGCCGCGUCAUUGAUCGCCGGUGAGUCAUACUCGAGCGCCCCGGUCUGGGUGGGCGUGUUAGGCCCCGACAGUCGUGGGGAGACGAAGGCGUCCAUCCGGGCCUGCGAACGCGGCCGUGUAAAGUUUUUAUUUCCUCUUCCGAAUCAAUCUGCAGGUGGUACCUGCAGGUCCAUGACCACUCAGCUAAAAAGUAUCGGGAGUGGAGCCAUUUGUUUAGCACACUGUGAUGGAUCAGACACUGAGAAUGAAGUGGCAUCUGUUAUAGAAGCUGUAAAGUCCCUGCUAAAUUCUGCGGAAGGCAGGCUAGAAUUACAUAUUGUUGGAGGUUUUAAUGAUAAGCGACAACUGUCACAAAAUCUUUCACAACAGCUUCUUAGGGCAUUUGACAAUCAAGCUGAAGAAAUACAUCUUGUAACAUUUUGUGUAACAGAUUUAAAUGAUAAAAAGGAUGAUGGAGUUCACCUUCCAAUCAUAUACGGUAUAGCAGUAAAUGUUAAAACAGGAGAGAUUUUCAAAGCAAGAUUUGAAGACCACCAGCCAGAUGAAGAUUUAAGAUUAGCAUACAUCCUGGCAGGAGGAAAUAUGGUUAAUAUCUAUGAUGCAAAAUCUGAACAGCUCAAUAUUGGGCCUUAUUCCUGGACACCAUUCCCAAACAUUGAUUUCUGGCUGGAGCAGGAAGAUGAACAGAUUUUACAGUGUUUCUCUACAUCACCUGAAGCAGAGCCUCCACACUUUGUACGCGAUAUGAGAUCAGCGCUUCUUUUAUUAAAGGAACAUCCUUAUCCUUGCAUAUCUUUAUUCCCACAUGGACAGCCUCGUUCUUAUAAGAAAGAAAAUGAUGGACAAUGGCAGAAGAUAUAAAACUGUGAAUUCUUGCAUUGUGUGUAUGUAAAUGUUUCCUAGCUGAACC